GCGGCAGAGCCGGGAAGUGGGAGAGGGAGCGAAAUAGGCGGAGACAGCCCAGGCUCCAGCCUGGCCAGGCUCCGAGGCGAGGGGCUGUAUGGAGCUGUCGGCGGGGCUCUGCGGGCUGUGGGCGCUGCUGCUCUGCGCCGGCGCCGACAGGGUCGCCGCGCCCCCAAAAACUCAGCCACCUGUGACGAAUUUGAGUGUCUCAGUUGAAAACCUCUGCACGGUGAUAUGGACAUGGAAUCCUCCUGAGGGAGCCAGCCCAAAUUGUAGCCUAAGGUAUUUUAGUCAUUUUGAUGACCAGCAGGAGAAGAAAAUUGCUCCAGAAACUCAUCGUUCAAAGGAAGUUCCCCUAAAUGAGAAGAUUUGUCUGCAAGUGGGAUCCCAGUGUAGCAUGAAUGAAAGUGAGAAGCGUAGCAUUUUGCUAGAAAAGUGCAUCUCACCCCUGGCAGGUGAUCCAGAGUCUGCUGUGACUGAGCUUCAGUGUAUCUGGCACAACCUGGGGUUCAUGAACUGUUCUUGGCUCCCUGGAAAGAAUUCAAGUCCUGACACUAACUAUACUCUUUACUACUGGCACAGCAGCCUGGGAAAAAUUCUUCAAUGUGAAAACAUCUAUAAAGAAGGUCAAUACAUUGGUUGUUCCUUUGAUCUGAGUAAAGUGAAGGAUUCCAGUUUUGAACAAUACAGUGUCCAAGUAAUGGUCAAGGAUAAUGCAGGAAAAAUUAGGCCAUCCUUCCAUAUAGUGCCUUUAAGAUCCCGUGUGAAACCUGAUCCUCCACAUAUUAAAAAUCUCUCAUUCAGAGAAGGUACCUUAUAUGUGCAUUGGGAGAAUCCACCAAAUUUUGAUAGCAGAUGCUUAUCUUAUGAAGUAGAAGUCAAUAAGAGCCAAACUGAGACACAUGGUAUUUUUUCCGCUGAUGAGGAUGGAUGUCAGAAUUCAGUGUUUGAAAGAAACAUGACGGGUACAACUUGUUUUAUGGUCCCUGGUGUUCUUCCUGAUACUUUUUACACAGUUAGAAUAAGAGUCAAGACAAAUAAACUUUGCUAUGAAGAUGACAAACUCUGGAGUAAUUGGAGUCAAGUGAUGAAUAUAGGUAAAAAGCCCAAUUCCAUAUUCUACAUGACCAUGUUACUCAUCAUUCCGGUCAUCGUUGCGGGUGUGAUUAUUGUCCUUCUGCUUUACCUAAAACGGCUCAAGAUCAUUAUAUUCCCUCCAAUUCCUGAUCCUGGCAAGAUUUUUAAAGAAAUGUUUGGAGACCAGAAUGAUGAUACCCUGCACUGGAAGAAGUAUGACAUCUAUGAGAAGCAAUCCAAAGAAGAAACUGACUCUGUAGUGCUGAUAGAAAACCUGAAAAAAGCUCUCAAUGAUUAGGAUAAUUUAUUUUUGCUUUCAGUGUGACCUUGUGAAGAUUCGUCAUAUUCUCCAUUUGUUAUCUGGGUACUCAUUAAAUAGAAACCGAAAUUACUGGGCCCUUUAAAAACAGGUGGCUCUUAAGAGCCACAAGUUUUUGUGUGAGUCAUACAUCAGAAGAACUAAAAAUAAUGGGCCCUUUGGAGAUGAGAGAGGAGUUAUUCUUAUUGAAUUAUAAAGGCAGGCAUCCUUUGCAAAGUCUUCAAACUAAGAGACAAAGCAAAAAGUGAUGAUAGCAGUAGAGUUUAAUCUUAUUGAGAGCCAUGACAACUUCCUAAGGGAUUUAUGCUUGAUGCAUAUUUUUGUGCCAAGUAACACCAAGAAAUUUUAUUUGUAAGAGAACUUAUUUUUAGAUGUAAAUGCUAAUGCUGAAUGUGACUCACAGGGAAUAUCUAGCAACCAAAAUUGAUACCACCUGAAAUCUAUUGUUUGGAUCCCAUUGAAUAAUGUUUGUGGGUACUAAAACUCUUUAGAAGUCUGGAAAUAUCCAUUGUGAUAAUAUUUUCCUCUGCUUUUAAAGCUCCAGAAAUCAGUGUUGGCCAUGAUAAUAAAAAAAUGUAGAAAAGUCGAGCCAGCUUCUUUACCAAGAGCAUUCCAUGCUAUUGCAGGUUUUUAAAUUUGAUGGAGCAGAAUCACUCACUGGGUAUUAGAGUUUGAACCAAGGAAUCUCUAAUGAUGUAUUUUUCUUCACUUCUGUUACUCAGAUCAAAUAUUGGUUACAUGUUUGGCCUGUGCUCCAUCCCCAGGUGUAAGGGACACCCCCACACUGGCUUACAAUCUAGUUGGGACUCCUCAGUUCUUACCACUUCUUUUAUCUCCAGCCAGUCAUUUCUCAGACUUUUCAACUCCCCAACUCCCAUACCAGUAUUGCCUUUUGCCCUCUUCGUCAUUCCCUUCCUUAUGAUCUUUUGAGUUUCAUUAGAAAUUAGGAAAUAAAUCUGCUCAGAACACCUAAAGGAGCAGAGAGGAAUUUGCAUCUCAGGUAUAGUGUGAAUAGACUGAGAAACAGUGACUAAUUCUUACAUAUUUUGUAACUUCCAUGAGAGUCUGCAAUUGUUGAGGGUUUUCAGCAUUUGAUAUAUCUUUAUGCAUUUUCUAAACAGCAAUGAGAUAUUAUCUUCACUUAGAACUUAGCUAUUUACUUGAGAAAAAAGGUAUAGUUGUAUUCAUUUCUUUGUCUAUAAGAUGGGCCCUAGAUUCCUUUUUUCCCUGCCACAAAUGGUUAUGUAGAUUUUAUGUGUUAUAUUGAUAGCCAGGGCUCCAACAUAUAUACUCAUUUUUUGCAUAUGUUAGGGUUCCAUUCUCCCCCAUUCCUACAAUGUAUGCACAUAUAUUCCUUCUAUUUCCUCCAGAUUUAAAGAAGUAAAUGAGAGGUAUCUCCCCUUUUCUGUCUCAUACACAGGUUCAGAUUGCUAGUUGUAACUUGAGAACAUUAUAUCACACGUUGUCCAAACAUUUACCAGUUCAUAUUAAUAAAAUAAUGCUACUUGUAAUGCCUGUUCUUAGGGCAGGGGAGAUAAGAGGUCCCUAUUUUUCACAAGUUUGGACAGACAUGGUAGCCUGCCCCUAUAAAAGCAGAAGAGCCCUGUGUCCUGAGGAAAUUGGAAUGGGUGGUGUUUCCUCCCUGUGUUUUUAGUAUACAAGUGACAUUGAGGCUGGGAUACAGGCAUAAUAAGUGUUCACUUUAUUGUACUAUUCACUAGAAAGAAUACUUGGUUUUCCUGUGUAGAAAUGAGAUUACUUCCGACUUUAUAAUUCUGUGAAGCAAAACACCAAAAUGUCUCAACCAAAGCCAUUUUUACUGUUAACCUAUUUUGAUGGCAUGAGGAGGAGGCUUAGAAAUUUCAAAGGAACUACUGAUAGUGAUAGCCAUGCAGCCUAUAAGUGGGGAAGUCAUAUUUUGCUUCUAUCCUCCUCUUUUAGCAGUAAAAUAGUUAAGAGAGAAGGGGGCAGUAAAUUAUGGGAGUAAGUAUAAUUGUGAAGUUGCUAAAAAGUAAUCUCCAGGUCAUAGGAACUGAUAGAGGAAUCAAUAUAUUACCUAUAGGAAAAUAGCAGGGUCAUAUUUUACCGUUUCAUCUGACCUACAUGUUUCUCCCCCCAUAUACCCAAGAAAACCCAUUGUAAGGAUUGUCAUUCUUACUCUUUUAUUCAGAAAGGUUUUAUGCAUCUGGGCACUGAAGGUAUACAUGAAACAAUGUUAACAUUUUUGGUAAUGUCUUGAAUUAGGGUCAGUUUUGCUUCUUAUAUGAAUGCUUGAGAAAAAUAAAUAUAAAUUGUCUUUUUGUAUGUCACCUAAAUGCUUUCCUUUGGUCUUAUUUUGGGGGAAAGUAUUGUAAGGAGUGGGUGGUGGAGCAAAUUGGAGUUGAAAGAAUAAACACUGUAAAAAUAUUC